CAAAGUGCCUGUUGCUUUUCCUUGAGAUUCCGUGGCGGCGACGGCGACGACGAACGACGAGCGGCUCCGCGCCCCGAUCGACCGCCAAUUCCUUCGCGUCCGCUCGUCACUUCAGCCUCAGACCCGACAAGCCUCGCCGCCAGUCUGUCUGUCUGUUCAAUGUCCAACUCUGAAUAUACGCAAUCGAGUCUUGUCGAGCAACCGCCCGACAUGGAAGCCAACCCGCCGCGUGUCGCAUCACAGGCGACAGAAAGGCGCCUUUCGUUUCUCGACCUACCCCAGGAAGUGCAGAAGGACAUUGUUGCACAGUGCUGUCAGAGCGACCUCAUCUGUUUGUCGCUCGUCUCAAAACACUUUCGCGAGUUGGCCGCUGCACAGCUCUACCGGAACUUCCACAUCGUCUUUCCGGACGAAGAUGACCCCGCAUACGACUCCCCCAUCGACGGCCUCGCCGGCGGCCUUGACACAUUCGUAACGAGCGACUACGACUACGGCAAACACCUCCGCGACUUGUCUCUAGAUACUCUCAGCGCCGGCGAUAAGGCAGAAACUGCAUACAAGCCAUACUUGUACAGCGUGAGCUGCGGAAAGUUUAUGAACACCCUAUUGCAGUUAACCCUACGCAAGGCCACAUCACUCGAGGCCUUUACAGCGCACAGAUGGAACAUACGAGUUGAACUCAGCCGCCCAGUGUACAAAACUCUCCACUCGAUUCCCACACUGAAGGAUGUUCAUAUCCGUCUACAACUCGGCCCUUCACUUUACGACAUUCCGCCGCCGCUUCCUCUUUCGUCCUCUCAGAUAUCGGGCUCACCACCGACGUAUGGCCACCUGGGCAUGGACGGAAUGGGUUUACAAUCGUUGCCUCCGCAGGUAUCAAUAUUUGGUGGUGGCCCGCCACCUCCACCGCCGCAACCGCCGUAUUACAUGAACUCGGUGCCAAUGCAGGUCGUUACUGCGUCCGUGCCGCAGUCGCAUAAGCCUCUUUCUCUUAGGUCCAAGGCAAAGAAGCAGUCCCUCGCCAAGGAACCCCCCACAUUUUCAGGAUUCAAAAAGCUACGGAGUCUGGCCGUUCUGGACAUGGACACUCUCGAGGCCGUUUCAGAGAUCAGGACCUGCAUUCGCAAUUCAUCUUCGACAUUAACCAAGCUCAAAUUGUCAUUCUCGGAUCACCUCGCAGCGCAAGCACGCAAACCCUCUGCAGACUCUGAGCUUGACGAUUCGGACCAGGAGGAUGAGUUUCAGGUCAUGCCGGGACAUUCGCAGCCUCCACCACCUGCCCACUAUGCUGACAGCAGCCUCAGCAUACCUGCACGAGCGUUCAGGGCAGCGGAGGAGCGCAAGAGCCAGGAGGCCGUUCUAGGCAGGAUAUUUGAUGUAGAGCCCUAUCUGGCUCGGAAAUCGCUGAAGCGAGCGUCGUCCAAGGCCACUGGAAGCGAAGGAGAAAACAGCCAUGAAGCUGUUGCAGAAGCGAGCCUGACCCCUGCCGAGGCUUUUGUCAAUUCUUUGAAACUUGCAUCGACCAGGCUGCACAACAACAUCAACAGAUCGUCGGGACAACGGGCGGAGCUGACUGCGGCUCAGCAAGAAAUUGUUGAUCUCAUCGGAGCAGCGGCUAGGAAGUAUGUGGCCGAGGUAUCGACGGAACCCAAAGACGAAGGACACCCAGCAGUCGAGUCUAGCUUGGGCGCGGCUACGCCCACAACUGAGGAGUCGGCAUCGGCGUCAGCACCGGCUUUGGGAGGACCAGGAAGCUCCACAGAUGACUCGGAGCCAUUCAAAAGCAGUGUGACCGCCACCAAGGAAACGCGGCCUGAGGACAUAAACAUUGAGGAGCCCGAAGGCCAGUUGAAUCUUGACGGCCAAGAGACUCCGAUUGCCCUGACGGGCUCGGGCACCGAUACACCGGUGGACUCAUCCAGCCAGCAGGCAUCCAAGAGUACAACUGCUUCGACGAGUGAAGCAGGGGGUAACGCGAAAGAGCCCGACGCAGAAGUGGACAUCCCAGUGGAAGCAGAAAAGGCGACAACUCCCGGAGAACACGAAGAGACUUUGAAAAAGGCGUUGGGCAAGCUGGUGGCCCCCGAGGACCAAGACAGGUGCAUUAGCGAAUACAUUCGUUCAACCAGGGGUUUGAGGUUGCAGCAGCUCAGCAUCUACCUGAUUCCCGUCAAGGCCUCGGUCAUUUCCAAGGCAAUUGACAUACACGUACUGAGAAAGAUCACGCUGCUCAACGUAGGACCGCAACAAUCCAUCUGGGCUUUGUUUGCUAAGGAGAACAAGUCACGGCCACUGCCUCUGCGCAAGAUAUUCACCGACAACGUAUCGCCGGCGCUGCUCAACUUUGUCUCCCAACUGGAAGAGCUGCAUGAAUUCUUCAUCCUAGAACGGGACCACAAGUACAAGCCCGAGAGCUUUGCAGCGAAGACAGUGACGACCAUUGAGCAGAUCCGGAAGCUAGUGCUGCGGAAGCAUCUGCCAACGCUGAAGAGGCUGAUGAUUAAGAACAUGGAUAGUCAGGAUUGGGAUAUCGACGAGCAGACAAUGAAGCUGAUUUGCCGCAAGGGCAAGCUUCUGGAGGAGCUGGCGGUCAGCAUGAACAUUCGUGCAAUUCAUACGUUCAUGCAAAACAUGGGUGGCUUGGUCAAUCUGAUCGCGCUGCUCAUCAUCAGGCUCCGGAACGAAGAUACAUGCGUGUGGGUGAUGCGUGAGACGAAAAAGUUCUUCCUCGACAACCUCUCGCACCAUCCAGAGAUGAAGCUCGAGUGGCUAUCGAUUGACGACGAAGACCAGCUGGAGAAGCUCGUGCGCAUCACUCACGAGUCCAAGAAGGGCAAGAAGUCCAAGGGCAAGGGUAAAGAGCCGGCCCACGUCUUUCAUAGCCACAACGAUGACGUGUUCCCGCAUCUUUCUGUAGACCCGUGGGACGGCAAGAGCGACAGCUGCAGCGACGAAGACAGUGACGAAGACGACGACGAUGACGACAACGGCAGGCCCAAGGUCAAGCUGGAGACGAUCGAUGGGGUUCAUUUUUAUGAUGUCUGGGGCAUCAAGAUCUUCCAAAAGGAGAUUGUAUCCGGACGUCUGUGA